AUGAGUGGCGUACAUUCUCCAUCAAAACAGCGUCAAAGCAAACGAGCAAACACGGAUCCCUCACUCAAGAAAAUCGCAGCUCGACCCCUCCUCCGUCGACUCGAACCUCUCCCUUUCUUCUCCACCUAUCCAAUCUCUUCCUUGGAAACCCCUUGUGAAUUCGCGCUUCCCGCAUCGGAACGCCUUCCCCACAAAACCAUCUCCUCAUGGAAUUCCCUCCUCGUCGAAUUCACCCGAAAGCACCUCUUCUUGGACUCCCUCCUCUCAUUCAAGAAACUCCUCCUUUCACCCUCAAAACCCGAGCGCUCCACUUUCCCUCCUCUUCUCAAGUCAUGUUCGAGCCUCAUGGAUGCCGAUGCGGGCAUGGGCCUUCAUGGGUUCAUUAUGAAAUAUGGGUUUUCUAGUUCGAACACGGUCGGCAAUUCUGUUGUGUCUAUGUAUGUGAAGUUUGGUAGAGCUAGAGAUGCACUCCGUGUAUUCGAGGAAAUUCCUUUUAGAGAUGCUUCAUCUUAUAAUUCUUUGAUUUGGGGAUUUGGGAUUAAUGGGUUUCAUGAGGAAGCGUUGUUGGUUUUUGAGUGGAUGCAGGAUUCAGGUUUUUCUCCCAGCUCAGGCUGUGUUGCUCGGGUGAUUCUGGCUUGCGGUGAAUUGGGACGGGCGGAGAAAGGGGCAUUGGUUCAUGAUUUUGUGAGUCGAAAUGGGUUUGGGUCGGAUAUUCUUGUUGCUAAUUCAUUGAUUUCAAUGUAUGCAAAGGUCGGGAGAUUAGAUCGAGCACGUUGGCUUUUUAAUGAUAUACCUAGAAGGGAUCUAGUGUCUUGGAACUCGAUGAUUGUUGGUUAUGCACGAAGUGGGAAUUGGGUUGGAGCUUUUGAUGUAUUCCGAUCCAUGGAGGUUGAAAACUUUGUCCCAAAUCGUGUUACUUUCUUGGGUUUGAUUCUGGCUUGUGUGCAAGCGGGAGAUCUGGAUAUAGGGAAAAGCAUACAUGGCCAUUUGAUUUGUAGGGGGCUGUUGUGGGAUGUCUGCGUGGGAACUUCCAUCUUGGAUAUGUACUCAAAGUUUGGGAGAGUUGAUUGUGCCCGUGUUGUGUUCGAAGAAGAAUUGCAUGAUAGAAAUUUGAUUUCAUGGAAUUCUCUAAUUGCUGGGUAUUCUCAAAAUGGGCAUGAUUAUGAGGCAGUGGAGCUUUUUCUCCGAAUGCUCCAUGAACCAAAUGUGAAACUGGAUUCGAUCACCAUCGCUAAUGUCAUUCCUGCAUAUGCGAGUUUAGCAGAUUUGCAAAGACUCCGAUCAGUCCAUGGGUUCAUUAUCAAGAAAGGUUUUGAAUUGUAUGGUGAUGUUGUUUUGGGUACUGCAAUAGUUGAUGCCUAUGGCAAGUGUUUGGAUAUUGAGGCUGCCUUUUUCUUGUUCAAUUGCAUAGAGAAACCCAAUACGGCCACUUGGAAUGCGAUGAUCCUGGGAUAUAAUAUGAACGGUCAGGCUCGUCGGAGCAUGCACCUCUUCCUUCGAAUGCGUGGUGGUGAGGCUUUGCCAGAUUCUGUCACUCUGGUUACUAUCCUUCAGUCAUGCAGUGAGAUGGGAUCUCUAGAACAAGGCAAGUUGAUCCAUGGAUACUGUCUUUCAAGUGGUUUUGAUUCAUAUUUAACUGUAACCAAUGCCAUGAUAGGCAUGUAUAUGAUCUGUGGGUGCGUGAAAAGUAUGCAAGUCCUUUUCAAAUCGAGGACUGUUCGAAACAUUGUCACGUGGAACACAGUGCUUUCUGGAUCCGUAAAACUUGGCCUUUUCAUGAUUGCUGUGAAAUUAUUUCGCCAAAUGCUGUUGGAAAGCCAGCAUAACCCAGACCAUGUCACGAUGAUCUCUGUAAUCCAAGCUAGUGUUGUUUCAGCUCGUCUUGGUGAAAUGCUGCAUGGUUUUGUGUUGAAGAUUGGGCUUGAUUUGAAUGUAUUGGUUGCCAAUUCUCUCGUUGAUGCCUACGCAAAGAAUGGAUCUAUAGAAAAUGCACGGUCCUUAUUCGAGCAAAUGGGUCAUUUGAGAGAUCAAAGCUCGUGGAAUGUUAUGAUUGCAGCUUGUGGAAUGAAUGGGCAAGGGGAAGAGGCAUGCUUGCUCCUAACGCGGAUGGAAGAAGAUGGUCAUAAACCAAAUUCCAUAACCUUCAUCUCUCUGCUCUCUUCUUGUAGUCAUUCUGGCAUGGUUGACAAAGGGUGUGAAUAUUUUGAUUUGAUGGUCAAGAAGCAUGGGAUUCAACCAGGCCCAGAGCAUUACACGUGCAUGAUCGAUAUGUUUGGACGGGCUGGGAGAUUGGAAGAAGCUUAUCGGUUGAUUGAGAGAAUGCCCAAUGGGUCGGAUUGUGGCGUUGUUUGGGGAGCUCUUUUGAGUGCUUGUAGGAUGAGCAUGAAUGUUGAGCUUGGGGAGCUUGUGGGAGAAUGGCUUUCAAGACUGGUGCCAGAGAACUGUGGGUACCAUUCUCUGUUGUCGAAUGUGUAUGCCUCUGCCGGCAGGUGGGAUGAGGCAGUAAAGGUGAGGAGAGUGUUUGAAGAUGGAAAGCUUAUAAAGAAACCAGGAUUAAGUGUUGUGAAUAUGUGA